AUGCUCGGCAGGGCGGGGCGGGCAGGGCUGCGCGCGGCGAGUAGGAAGCCCUCGCCCCGCGGAGGCUGCGGGAGAGAGCUCGAAGGGCCGCGGCGGUGGGCGCACGCUCUGCGGGGACUCAUGCCACGCGCGUCCCGGCCCGGCGCGCAAUUAGCAGCCGCCUCCGCAGCCCGCCGCCGCCGCCGCCUCCUCGCCUUCCUGGGCUGUUGCGGAGAGAAGCUGCAGCCCUCGCCUUUCUCCGGCUGCCGGCAUUGUCCUCCCGAUCCGCCGCCCAGGCUGCUCCUGCCGCUGUGGGCUGCCUCGGGGCCCCGGACCCGCGCUGCAGGGACGCGCCGCCGCGCCGGCCGGCCCGGCGCCCGGCCCCCGCUUGGUGAUUUCCGCGUCCUGCGUUCCUCGGUCAUCUCCUGA